CGCCGCAGCCCACUCGUUUGUGCCUCUGCUGUCUCUUCCUGCUCCGCGCCCUGGGGCCGGAUUCAGCCCCGGAAACCUGGCGGACGGACGCGGCAGCUCUACUACUGCGUGGGUGUGGUGGCCCGCGGAAGAGGAGAGGCGCCGGGUCGGUCAGCGGGCCUCGAGAAGCCGUGCUUCCGCGGCCGCCGCGCGCGGUCCUCUCCCCGGACCCAGCAUGUAGGUGCCGGGCGGCUGCCAUGAACUCCGGAGCCAUGAGGAUCCUCAGCAAAGGACGUUUCCAGGGUGGAAUCCAAGUGAAAAAUGAAAAAAACCGACCGUCUUUGAAAUCUCUGAAAACUGAUAACAAACCAGAAAAACCCAAAUAUAAGCCACUCUGGGGUAAAGUAUUUUACAUUGACUUACCUUCUGUCACCGUAUCUGAAAAACUGCGAAAGGACAUUAAGGAUCUGGGAGGGCGAGUUGAAGAAUUUCUCAGCAAAGAUAUCAAUUAUCUUAUUUCAAAUAAAAAGGAAGCUAAAUUUGCACAAACCUUGGGACGAAUUUCUCCUGUACCAAGUCCAGAAUCUGCAUAUACUGCAGAAACCACAUCACCUCAUCCCAGCCAUGAUGGAAGCUCAUUUAAAUCUCCAGAUACAGUGUGUUUGAGCAGAGGAAAAUUAUUAGUUGAAAAAGCUAUCAAGGACCAUGAUUUUAUUCCUUCAAAUAGUAUAUUAUCAAAUGCCUUAUCAUGGGGAGUAAAAAUUCUUCAUAUUGAUGACAUUAGAUACUACAUUGAACAAAAGAAGAAAGAAUUGUAUUUACUCAAGAAAUCAAGCACUUCUGUAAGAGAUGUGGGGAAAAGAGUAGGUAUUGGCACACAGAAAGCAAAAACAGGUAGACUCAAAAAGCCUUUUGUAAAGGUGGAGGAUAUGAGCCAGCUUUAUAGGCCAUUUUAUCUCCAGCUGACCAGUAUGCCUUUUAUAAACUGUUCUGUUAAGAAGCCCUCCAGUCCAUUUGAUGUAGAUAAGCCAUCUGGUUCCCAGAAGCAAACUCAGGUUAAACUAAGGAUCCAAACAGAUGGUGAUAAGUGUGGUGGAAACCCAAUUCAACUCCAAUUAAAAGAGAAGAAAAAAAAGGGAUAUUGUGAAUGUUGUUUGCAGAAAUACGAAGAUCUCGACACUCAUCUUCUAAGUGAGCAACACAGAAACUUUGCACAGAGUAAUCACUAUCAAGUUGUUGAUGACAUUGUAUCUAAAUUAGUUUUUGACUUUGUGGAAUAUGAAAAGGACACGCCUAAAAAGAAAAGGUCUUCGUUGCUGCAUGUGGGCUUUCUCUAGCUGUGGCGAGCAGAGCCUACCCUUCGUUGCGGUGCACGGGCUUCUCAUUGCGCUGGCUUCUCUUGCUGCGCAGCACAGCUUCUAGGCAGGCGAGCUUCAGUAGUUGUGGCUCGUGGGCUUAGUUGCUCCGCGGCAUGUGGGAUCUUCCCAGACCAGGGCUCGAACCCGUGUCCCCUGCACUGGCAGGCGGAUUCUUAACCACCGCGCCACCAGGGAAGCCCCUAUUACCUUUUAAGUCUUCUUUAUACUUUCACUGGAUAUUUAUGCUUAAGCUGUACUUGCUGAUAAUAUUUAUUAAAGGUACUGACAGGACUUUUAAGUGUGAAUACAGUGCUGUUCAGUAUACAGUAACUGCACAUUGACAAAUGAGCCUCAUUAAGAUUAUUCCCAUAAAUCUAAAAUCAAAAGAAAUGCUUUCAUAUGGAUAAAUUAACUAGAAAGUUUUUGAGCUGUAUCUAGGUAGAACAGUUCCUAAACUUCAUAUUUCUGUAACAUUCAGAAUGAUUGUUCAUGACUGAUUUAAUAUAAUAUUUGGAGAGGAAGCAUAUUUCCAACUAUUAACUUAUAUGGGCUACUGUAAGAAUUUAGAAUUCCCUAAAAACUCAUUCUGCAGCAAAAUUCUGAACUAGUACCUAUAUAUAAACUGGUUAUUAUAUUAUUAUCUGCACAAUUUUUAUCUCUGUAGGCAAGUCACUUAAACAUCUCUGGACUUUAAAGGAGAGAGUGGUGUUGGACUAGUGUUUUUACAUUUUAUACCCUCCAUUUGUUUAAGAGGAGUCUUUUUUCUUUCUUGUUUUAAAAUUUUAUUUGUUUAUUUAAUUUUUGGCUGCAUUGGGUCUUCAUUGCUGUGCACAGGCUUUCUCUAGUGGCGGCAAGCGGGGGGCUACUCUUCGUUGCGAUGUGCGGGCUUCUCAUUGCAGUGGCUUCUCUGUGUUGCAGAGCAUGGGCUCUAGGCAUGUGGGCUUCAGUAGUUUUGGCACACAGGCCUAGUUGUUCCAUGGCAUGUGGGAUCUUCCCAGACCAGGGCUUGAACCCGUGUCCCCUGCAUUGGCAGGCGGAUUCUUAACCACUGUGCCACCUGGGAAGUUCCUGUUUAAGAGAAGUCUGAAGUGAAAGUAUCAACAAAGUAAACAGAAAAGAAACCAUUCUGGUUUUGAAGGGGCGGGUGAAAUUCUGUACUUCUCUUCAUUAUCUGUGACAUGUAUAACAUAAAACAUAAUUGGUGAGCUGUUCAGGUUUUUUCUAUUUGUAAGUAAUUUAGGAUUGUCUAAUACAAACUACCAUCCCAAGGAUGUUAAGAGGCUCCAUGAAGAAGAGAUAUCCUUAAUAUCUUAAUAUCCUUGGGAUGUGUGUGAAAUUUAAGGAUUACUAGCUUGUCAUCUUUAGAAGUAUAAUGACACAAGGUUUCUGGCUCACUGUCCUUUUGGAUUGUUUACAUUUAAAUAUAAAUAAAUAUCCAUUUCUACACAUUCUCACAUGCUAAGUAAAAUGAGGAUACAACAUUAACAUAAAUCAAAGCAUUGGAAGUUAAAUUUUUCAGGAUAAUGGAAAAAUUAGGAGCAGACCCAAAUCCCUUUACUGUCAUCUUUCUUUGAUUUAUGUGGUCAGAGUAGUUUUAAAUACCAAAUUCUCAAGAUACUGCUUAACUCUGGGAGGAAGAGGAAGAGUGUGGAUGAGGAGUGGUACACUAGAGUUUUCAGCUACAUCUGUAAAGUUUUAUCACUUUAAAAACAUCUGAAGUAAAUUUGGCUAAAUGUUAAGACGUCUAUAUUUUUGUAAUGUUUUCUAAUUUAAGUUUCGUAAACAGUUUUAAAAGAUUUCUACUUAUUAGAUUUUAAAUACUCAGGAGUUUUUGAUAGCAAUUAUUUUAAUUUUUUUCUUUUUUCCU